AUGAUCCUGCAAGAUUUAGCUGGGAUUCUUCUGUCUUCCCUAUCCUUCUUCGCACAGGACUUCUUUCGUCUGGCUGUGAGAAACUAUAAACAGCUACGCCAACCAACGGAAAAUGAAAUUCAAUCAAAUUGCAGGGGAAAAACUAAUUCUCUGAACUCCAUCAUCCACACGCUACUACCAAACAAUCCUGGGUACCGGUACGGCACAAUCCCUUCUCAAGAUACUCCACCAAGAUCUAGUAUUUUCAAUGCCUGUCUUCAUAGCAUAUGGACUAGUCUUACCAUUUUUAUAGCAGCUCUGCCAUUGGGAUUCUUCGCGAGUUUACUGCUAUUUGCGGAUUUAAACACAGUAAAUAUAUGUUCAGGGUGGAUUGAACAUAAAGAUCUUCGAGUUGAUGGGGCGGUUUUGCGAUGGAAAUUAGUGGGAGAUGUCACUGAAGAUUCGGGAUUAUUUUAUUGGUUUCCUUCCACCAUGAUUUUCCUGUUUGGUUGGAAAGAGUUUAAAGCCAAUUACCUGGUUAUUUUGGUCCUGUGUUUUUCUGCUCUAUGCGUGAAUAUUAUCUACAAAUUGUUUUUGUUUAUUUUUAAUGCCUAUGUCGCAAUGGAAUUCUAUUAUCAUCUAGCUGGGAAUGUUUGUUUUUUCACAAGUAUUUUGUGUUCAAGUUAUUUGAUCGCUGUGAAAAUCCGCAAGAAUUGUGAUUUUGCGAUACCACCGCCCAAAAUUUUGAUCAUGGCUACAGUCUGCGCGCAGUUCGUCUUUGCCUUCAUAAUAGGUCUAACUGGGGCAUACUUUAUAAUCCCAGCAUUUACGCGGCUUGACAAUCAAUUUCUGAAGGCUAUAUACGCUGCCAUAACCCCAGUGGUGACUGUAAUUCCAGUGGCUGUUUGCAGACAGUUUGCGCUGCUCAGUAAUAUCUUUACAAAUUCAAGAAAUCAUUUUAUUUUGGCAUAUUUUGUUUACGGCGCAACAGUGAUUGUGUACCGUGUCAUGCAAGCGGAUGUAAAGAACAUUUGGCUGUUUAUUGGCCUUUCGGUCCUUCAUGGUCUUGUUAACGUUGUGGGAAAAGCGACUGAGAAACUCCGAUAUAAACUAUGGACUCGCAUAUUCCGCGCCCUUAAAAAGCUCAGGUGUUGCAGGCGAGUAGAGCUGCAAGCGCACGACAGUCCUUAUAAUCAGCGGUUAAAUGCAGACAAAGAAAUCCAAACAAUGCUGUAUGAUUAUGGAGCAAUGAUACUGAGUCAGGCCUACCUAAUUUUAUACUUGAUAACAAAUUUUGAGAAUGAUUAUUGGGAGAUUUUGCAAGAAUCUCUGAAGAGAAUUGCUAUAGGUUUGGGCAUAGACAUGUUCUUCAACACUUUCUCCAUCCUAGUUCGCGACUAUAUGUACAAUAUUCCAGUUCAAAAGGUCUGGAAGGAAGAUUGGAAAGUACACAUGAAAGCUAAUGCGGUCACUACAGCAAUGGCAAUCUGGUACUUCACUCCAGUGCUACUGACCGUUGUUCAUGGUCGUGUUGAAGAUACAAACUAUGUUCUGAAGAAUUGCACGGCGCCAAUAAACUAUUAUUGA